GACUACAGUCUGUUCCAUGGCCUCGUACUUUAGCCUACAAUUUCAUUGAAUAGGAUCAAAGUUUGCUUUUUUUUUCUUUUUCCUUAUUGAGAACUUCUCUACACAUUGGACAUUCAACAUCUAGAGUAUAUGACAUGACAGGGUGAGAACUUGCUGAUGAAACUGUGUGCAACAUGGGUGUCUUGGUAACAGUUUGGGAUCUGGUUCAACUUUGGUGUCUACUAGUGUACAACUACAUCUUGGGAAUCAUCUCAUUCUUCGUUCCACCAAAGAGGAAGUCUAUAGCUGGCGAUAUUGCACUGGUGACUGGUGCAGGCCAUGGUAUCGGAAAGGAGCUAGCACUUGAACUGUCCAAACUUGGAGCGAUACUGGUCGUCUGGGAUGUCCACAAGGAAAACAACGCAAAGACAGCCCAAGAAAUCAAAGCAGCAGGAGGUAAAGCCUACGCCUACGUCUGUGACAUCACCAACUCAACAUCUAUAGCAGAAGUUGCCAAGAAAGUCAGACAGGAUGUAGGGGAGGUCACUCUUCUCGUCAACAAUGCCGGCAUUCUGAAUGGUGGCCCUUUUAUGGAAUUGACUGAGCCAGAUAUAAGAAGGACUUUUGAAGUGAACACGCUGUCACACUUUUGGAUGAUGAAAGAAUUCCUGCCAGCUAUGAUCAAACAAAAUCGAGGACAUAUCUUGAAUGUGAUAUCAAUGGCAGCCUACACUGGAGCAGUCAUGAUGUCAGAUUAUUGUGCAUCCAAACAUGCAGCCCUUGGAUUGUUCAAAACAGUUCGAAUGGAGUUGAAUCAAGCUGGACACAGAAACAUACACAUGACUGCUCUGUGUCCUAUGUUCGUGGAUACUGGGCUAGUAAAAAAAUUCACUUUAAAACAUGGGCGUGUUUUGACUCCCAAUGAAGUGGCGCUAGCAGGACUAGAUGGUAUGCUACGAAAUUAUGAACUGGUCUCUGUUCCAUCUUGGAUUGUCUACGUCACCAAAUAUCUGGACGGAAUUCUUCCACGUAAGGCAGCUGAAGCUUUGAGAUCAAGAUCAGGGAUUAAAGUGUAUUCACAGUACAACAAGCAAGAUUAAAUCAAUGUGUUUUCUUAUGA